AUGGACAAAUUUGAUGAUAACGAUGUUAACGAUGAAUAUAUAUAUAAAUUUUUCACCAAAUUCUACGGAAAAUUACCAAUUGAAUUGAAAGUUGCAAUAUUGCUGCAUUUAUCAAUCCCAAAGAUACUUUUAUUGAAGUCUUUGAUAAAUGAUGAUGAAACUAGAUCACUUCCAAUUAAACUGAUUACAAAAGAUAAGAUCCAUGCUGGAGUGUGCCGUUGUGAGAACAUUCAUCUUGAAAAUCGACUUUCACGUAAAGAAGCAUUAAUCAAUACUGAUGAUAUAAUCCCAAUUAUAGUCCAUGUUAACACUGAUGAGAGAUGUAGGGAGUUUGAUCUUACAAGAACAGAAUUAACAGGUAGUGCCUAUUGGUUCAAGAAGGUAAGUCGAAGCUAUGAUUUUGAAAGCAAUGCCGAUUUGGAAUUGAGCUUUGAUGAAAUAACUUACUCUAAAUGUGAGGAGUUAAAAGAAUUUCCUGGUUAUUAUAAUGUUAGCGGUAUCAACAUAUCUGAAUUAACAGGAACGCAUUAUUUAAGGUCUUUGGACUUUUCAAAAUUUACAAAUUUAGAACAGUUUCAAAUUAUUUCGAAUAAUAGUUUAUCGAAAUUAUCGUUAUCCCCAACCAUAUUUGAAAAGGUUACUGAUUUAGCUAUUGAUAAUGUCCUUGAAGAAGAAUUUUACAGCAAGUUUAUUAAUUUGAAACGGUUUGAUAUUCAUAUUCAAAAAGGGAGAAACUUGCAUAUUGCAUCUAUUCCAAGACGUGUGGAAACACUAAAGAUCACAGUUGAACAUAUUAGAAUAGCAUUAAAGUCCACCGGAGGACAAAUUAUAAUCAAUUCAAGUGAAGAUUGGCCUCAGCAUUUAAAGCAUUUAACUCUAGAUGAUCUGAGAUAUCUCGUUUGCAAUUUCACUGAAGUACUGAAAUAUAAGCUACCAUCAUAUUUACGUACAUUAAAGACUUCCGGUUUUCCUUAUGGACGACUUUUAUCACAAUUACCAGAUUCAUUAAUUGAUUUGAAUAUGGAUAUUACUCGACACACUAUUGACUUUGAAGGCUCUAGUAAUGAACAAGUGGAUUUUGAAUUUCCUUCUAGUUUGAGAAAUAUUAAUUUACAACUUUUAGACGUUAAUGCAAAGGAUAAGACAUAUAACCUCCCAAAAGGGUUAAAAACAUUCAUUGCAAUUGGGUGUGAUUUUAAAAUUCCAUUCAACAAUUUCAACUUUAACACUUGCAACACUUGUUUGGAACAUCUUGAAUUUGAAAAUAAUAGUAUUGAAUUCACCAAUCUAUAUUUCACUAAUUUCACCAAAUUAAAAGUAAUUAAACUAUCUGGAUGUCGGAUUGAUAGCUUAACUUAUUUUACACCACCUUCCUGUUUAAAAGUUUUGGAACUUUGCAAUAAUCCUAUUAAAUCAAUUGAUGAAACUUGUCCUUUAUUUAAUAACCCAGCUAGGUAUAACAUGCUUGAAAAGAUUGAAAUAAGUGAAAGCAAAAUCUCAUUCAUAUCUUCCAAAAUAGACUUGCCAAUAAACCUUCAAAGCUUGACUAUAAGAGACGCUAAAAUCCAAAACUUUUGCUUUACACCAUCUAUAGUUAACCAUAAAUCAUUACGAAACUUGUGGUUAUCACGCUUGCAAUCGAUUGACUUUUGUGAUGAUGAUAAAAGUGAAAAUAAAUGUGAAUCAAGCAUUAAAACUUUGUAUCUCGGAGUAAAUAGUCAUCUUCAUACAUGGUGUUUUAAAGACAUCAAAAAGUUUUAUCUCAACUUGGAAACAUGUUUAGGAAAGAAAAUAAAAUAUGAAAGCAAUAAAAUAUCGGCUAAACAUUUAUAUUUUCAUUUUGAUUGA